CUUGCUGCGUUUUGUGUUGCGGUGCAGCGCGUCACGGGAUGGCUCUUUAAGUGACACUCUGUGAUCACGAGGACUUCUUCACUCUGUCUUCAAGCAGUAAGGGGCACACUGCCAGACCCGCGCCUCACUUUUAUGGAGUUCAUUCCAACUUAAUGCUUUACCGUUAUUAACGAUUCUUGAUAUUUUCUACUGCUUGAUUUCUGCUGAAUUUUCAAACUGCCAAAAAUGUCGGAUCCUAAUGUGUACCCAUCCGUAUUUGUGGUGGACGGCAAGGUGAAUCCCGUGUCCUUUCCGCCAGAUCGGCGCAGGGCGCAUAAGGUCAACACUCACCUGCUGGUGCUCUACGUGCUGGUCAUCCUGGCUUUCUCUGGACUGGCGAUCGAAGGGUACUAUCUGUUCACCUAUCGGACCAAGCAGGACUCGGACCCUGCAGGCUACGACACUCAACAGCAGAUUGGAGGAGCCCGUGGCACUGAAGUCAAUGCUGUGGUUCAAGGACGAGACGUUGACGGCAAGAGAAAGGCCUCAGCGCAUCUCACAGGUUGUAACUGCAGCAGCCCCGGUACUGCUGGCCCGCUGAAAUGGGAGUCCAAACUUGGAGAAGCCUUCACCAAUGAGGUCGACUAUACAGAAAAUGGGGGUCUGCUGAUCAAGCACGAGGGGUUCUACUACAUCUACUCCAAAGUCUUUUACGGGGAGAUUGCGUGCAAACAGAAGCACACGUACUUCAGCCACGCCAUCUGUAAGAAAAUGCCGUGGUAUAAAAAAGAAAUCGAGCUGAUGCAGAUGAAGAAGUUCUACUGCAUCGACUCGGCCGGACAGUGGCUCGCCAACAGCUACCUGGGCGGCGUCUUCCACCUGCAGCCAGACGAGGAGAUCUACGUCAAGGUGGACAACAAGGAGCUGGUCCGCCUGGGGACGGCAGAAAACUUCUUCGGUGUCUUUCAGGUUUAGCGUCCGUCACGGAAAAGAGAACUGAAAUCCGACAGCCGAGAGCACCUGAAUGUUUGGGACUGUGGGGGAAUUCGGCCCUGGAUGUGCCCCGUCUUGGGGAAUGAAUGAGACCUCCAGUCACAUAUUUAGCACCUUAUUCUACCGUAAAGAAAAGCGCUAAAGAGUUUAUUUAUUUGAAGUGUCCCCAUUUCCCGUCG